AUGUCAGUCCUAGGGAGACAUGGAGUACCUUGUGUGCGAGCAUUGACUUUUUCAACACCCACGUCUUUGUUUACGUCUUCCGCGCGGGCCUUCUCCGUUCUCAACCGUCCGUCCUCAAACUACCCCGGCCAUGUUCCGCUGACGUUCGUCGAGCGUGGUGUGCUCGCAGCGGGUUCUGCCUUGGGAGCUCUUCUGAACCCAAGAAGAGCCGAUCUGAUUGCAACUGUGGGUGAAACUACUGCAACACCCUAUUUCAUCUACCGGCUUCGUAAUGCCAUGCUCUCAGACCCGACAGGCCGCCGCAUCCUCCGUGACCGCCCCCGCAUGACCUCUGACUCUCUUGACCUGCCCUAUCUCCGCUCUCUUCCCCAGAAUACCCUUGGUCGCACCUAUGUGACCUGGCUCGAUCGUGAGCAUGUCUCCCCAGACACCCGAAAGAGCGUCCAGUACAUCGACGACGAGGAAUGCGCGUACGUCAUGCAGCGGUACCGCGAGUGCCAUGACUUCUAUCAUGCGCUGACAGGCUUGCCAACUUUUUUUGAAGGGGAGGUUGCACUUAAGACAUUUGAGUUUCUCAACACACUCAUUCCCAUGACAGGGUUGAGCGUUCUUGCUGCAGUACGGCUAAAGCCCGCUGAGCGAGAAAGGUUCUUUGCUUUGUAUCUUCCCUGGGCUAUACAAAGCGGACUUGCCAGCAAAGAACUGAUCAACGUUUAUUGGGAAGAACUGUUUGAAAAGGAUGUCAAUGAAUUACGACAGGAGAUGGGCAUUCAGACGCCACCGGACAUGAGAAUUAUUCGGAGAAUGAUUAGGGAACAGAAGAGAAGAGAAAAGGAGGUGGCGCAAAGUGCAGAAUAG